AUGGAACUCCCAACCAUCGAUCUUGACCUCUUCUUGUCUCAAUCGCUGGAAACCCCAGCUGUGCAGCAUGAAUGUAAGAAAGUUGCAGAUGCAUUGAUCACCUUUGGGGCGUUGAUUCUUCACGAUUCGCGCGUUACUGAAAGCAAAAACUCUGCGUUCCUUGAUCUACUUGAAGAUUAUUUCGCUCAAUCCACAUCUGAUAUCCAGAAAGACGAGCGUCCAGAGUUGAGCUAUCAAGUAGGAGUUACCCUAGAGAACACAGAAAAGCCUAAAUGUGCUGUUGAUGAGUCUUGCCUCGGUAUCAUCCAACGUCUGGAACCAUCUGAACGUCCGCUGGACAUCAGCGCUCACUCUCCAGAUCCUAAAUGCAGAUUCUUUUGGAAGAUGAGCGAGGUACCGCCGUACGAAACUCAAUUUCCCGGUCUGAACGCCCCGAAUGUUGUCCCUCAAGCCGAGGAGAUCAACGCAAGGUGGACACAGAUAAUGGAGGAUUGGGGAGAGUCAAUGAAACAGGCAGUGGAAAACCUUGCCGAUAUGGCGUGCAUAGGACUGGGUCUGCCUCCUUGCACCUUCCGCGACGCUGGAAGAUAUGGGCCUCACCUACUCGCCCCUACCGCUUCAGAUCUUGCAAAGUAUGGACGAAAGGAUACUAUCCUCGCUGGAUUUCACACUGAUCUCAAUUUCCUUACAAUCCAUGGUCGUUCACGAUAUCCCGGAUUAAAUAUUUGGGCGAGAAAUACUGGAAAACGUCUGCCUGUCAAGAUACCUACAGGAAAUUACCUUCUUGUUCAAGCGGGAAAACAACUUGAACAUUUGACUGGCGGAUUGAUCAAAGCUGGGUAUCACGAAGUGGUCGUCAAUGACCAAACAUUGAAGGUCAUCGAAAAACGCAAAGUUGAAAAUCCUGAACGCCCUCUUGUUCGAAUAUCCUCGACUUUCUUUUGGCAUCUUUCUUCAGAUUUCGACCUCAGCCCGAUACCAUCCCUUGCCGAACGAGCGAAAGCUUUUGGAGCUUCUCAAAUUGCACUCGGCGGAUAUGCCACGGACGAGCCGGUAUACCAGCCCAUGAAGGUGGGGCAGCAGGUUCAGAAUGAGUUGAAGCAUAUAGCUCUCAUGGCGUAG